AAAAGGAAAUGGGGAGACAACCUUGUUGUGACAAAAUUGGUCUGAAGAGAGGUCCAUGGACUAUAGAAGAAGACCAUAAGCUCAUGACCUUUAUUCUCAAUAACGGCAUUCAAUGCUGGCGAAUGGUUCCUAAGCUUGCAGGUUUAUUAAGAUGUGGAAAGAGUUGCAGAUUAAGAUGGAUUAAUUAUCUGAGGCCGGACCUCAAAAGAGGGGCCCUAACAGAAAUCGAAGAGAAUCAGAUCAUAGAGCUUCAUGCACGCCUUGGUAAUAGGUGGUCUAAGAUUGCGUCUCAUUUCCCAGGGCGAACGGAUAACGAAAUCAAGAACCAUUGGAACACUCGAAUCAAGAAGAGGCUAAAGCAGCAACAAUCGUUAGUAAAUGACCACUCCUCGUCAAAUAAUACCGAUCAGAAUAAUGAUGAACUAGUUGUCGAGAUUUCCAGGCCUGGAAAAGGCGAUCAAAUACAACCAGCAGCAGCAGAAGAAGAAUCAACAAAAGAAAGUCGUGAUGGUCAAAAUAGUGUUCAUCACCUGAUGAAUAACUACGACGACCAUGAAACGAAUAUUUGUACAAGCAUGACGGACAUGGAUUAUUUGUGGAUCAUGUCUACAAAUCAAGAAACUAAUAAUUAUAGUUCUAAUUUCCCUUCAACAGCUUCUUGUUACACCCCUUUGUUCUGUUCGGAACAAAAUUCAGUGAGUACUAAUAAUUAUCACAACUCAACGGGAGGCGAAGAAUCGACAAUUACCAAUCACGAGCAAUGGGUUGAGAGUAUUGACCAUCCAAUGCUAUCUUGGGAUGCCAUUAAUCAACAACUUUUCUUCUCUUGAAAAAAUAAAAUCAAAUAAAUUGCAGUUAUUUUUAAUCUAGGCAUGUGGUUUCUUACUUAAAAGGCAUUGUGAUUAAUUACUACAUUCCAGUUAAUUAGCUGUUGUUUUGUGAUUAGUGGUUUUCAGUUAAGUAGCUUUUGUUUUCUAAUUUGUUUUGGCUUUGUCAACAUUAAUUAAUCUUCCAGUUAUUAACCAUCAUAUAAGUGAUCUAGAUAAAUCUUUAAACU